AUGCCUUCCACACGGCACUGGCUAGACAAAGUCUACCUCGUCUACUUCACCAUCCACAUCCCGAUCCUUUUCUUCGUAGACCUCGUCCCCCUCUACCCCCCCUCCCUCUGGGCGGCCCCCACCUCGCCCCUGCACUUCCUCUCCGACCUACGGACCUACUACCUAACGACCUACCACGACCAAUUCUUCGCGCCCCCGCCCGCCCCCAUCCCGAACUUCUUCCCCUUCUUCUGCUUCCUCGAGCUCGUCUUCCACCUACCCGUCUCCGUGUGGGCCGUGCGCUCUCUUCUCCGCGGUGGUGGUAGUGGUAGUGGUGAUGGGGGGAGGGGGUUGAGCGGCGGCGCGGAGCUGCUGCUCCUCGUGUACGGCGUCGAGACGGUGCUGACGACGGCGACGUGCAUGCGCGAGAUAUACCUCUGGGACGCGGCGCUGGUGACGGCGGAGCAGAAGGGGGUGCUUUUGGGUGGGUUUUAUGGGGGGUACCUUGCUCUCGCGGCCUUGUUGACUGCUGACAUGUAUGCGCGGCUACUCAAACGUAUCAAUGCUGUGGACGCCGGGAAGAAAAGACAGUAA